GGUGCCAUGUUGUGUAAUGUUUACGGAGAAAACGAAACUUACUGAGGGUGAGGCUGCAUUAAAACAGCCCGCUGGUACGUGGAAGUAGAGCUGAGAUGAAAACGAAGAAGAGCCAUCGUUAGUUAGUAUUGUGAGGUUUAUUCUUUGCUGUGUUGAGAGGGGACGUUGUGACGGUUGAGUUAUGUAUAAUGGCCGUAGCUAAACUCAACGAGUACACACAGAGAGAGCGCUUAGACCUGAGGUAUGAGGACGUUCGGGCUGUUGGCCUGGAUCACAUUAAGACAUUUACCGUGAGAGCAGUGGUGGGUGGUAAGGCAUAUUCUGAUGGUGUGGGGAAGAACAAGAAGGAAGCCAAACUAAAUGCAGCUGCAAAUGCCCUGAGUGUCCUGUUGGGGGAAACAAUAGACUCUACAGAAAAUGCAACAGAAGCUUCAACUGCACUAGCUCAUCAGACAGCUUUCACUCAAGCCAACUAUACAUGUUGGCUCAAUGAACAUGGUCACAAAAACAGGAUGACUAUACGGGCUGUGGAGUCAACCAGACAGGGACUAAAUAGUACUACUCCAUGCUGUAGCUUCGUGGUUGGUGAUAAGGAGUAUCCAGCUGCCACUGGGAAAACAAAGAAGGAAGCUAAGGAGGAAGCAGCCAAGCUUGUAUAUCUCGAGAUAUAUGGCAGUACUACAGAGACUGCUACAGACAACCCUACAUCAGCUCAACAAGAGGAGGUUUUGGAUAUCUGUAAUGUGACAAGACGCAUCAGUGUGAACGUUCAGGACAACAGCUGUACAGAGACAAAUUUCAUUGGAAUGGUUGACAAAUACUGUCAGAAAACAAACCGCUGCCAUUCAUACGUUGAAGAGAAGAGAUGUGGUCCACCUCAUAAGCCUCAAUUUUUCUACAAAUUAAUAAUCGACAAAGAGGACUACCCUGAGGGUGAGGGUAAGACUGUCAAGGAAGCCAAACAAAAAGCAGCUCAGCUGGCCUGGUCUGCUCUCCAAGAACAGACAGACUGGGACAGCAAGGUGUCCGUCAGAUCAACCGAGGAUGGUGGACCACCUCUGUUAACUGCCCUGGAGUCCAAUAAUUCAUCAUCACAAAGCAUGCCGACUGGAACAGGUGGCUCAGAAAUAUUCAAAGACUCAUCCAACUCUUCCAAGGAUCAGGUGUGCACUUUAUAUCUCAAUCGUACACAUUCAAUCUUAAAUCCAUCCUCUCAUAUUCUACUUUCUCUGUAUGUGGAAAGGGACGACAAAAUAAUAGUAGUAUUAUAAGAGCAAGAACGUUUCGUUUGUCUAAUGAAGGAAAAUAGAGAGCUGCAAGUUGGGAGAGAGUCACUCCAAAAGACUCUAUGCAACUUGGUUCAUUUAUUGUAGCAGACAACACGUUGUUUGUUCCACUUCUUUAAGAGUAUACAACUAAAUAAUCAGAGCGGGUCAAAAUUAUAUAUCCAUUUAUUCCUUAAUUCUCUAAGGAUGCUGUCAAAGACCAGAAUACAGGAAAUAGUCAGAAUGAAACAUCCAUCCAGUCACCAUCUUUUCAUUAAAUGAAUUUGAGAAGUUGAAAAUUUGGGUCGCGGCUUGUCAUUAAGGGGUGAUGGUGGGUCCCGCAGCCAGACCAGUUGAGAACCACUGCACUAGUUGACUGUUGCACACUAGUAGCAGCCUUGUAAGUGCAAGAAAGUUUAGUUUGGGUCCAUAGCUGUGGUAUAACCAGAUGCAAAAUGAAAAUAGUUUGACUGAGGU